AUGGAGACCUCGGAAUCGAUCUCCACUCCUGCCGUGACCAUUGUCAUCACUCCUCCAAUACAAACCAUCCCUCCACCACCACCAACCACCCUUUCUCCACCACCACCAUCUUCACCGGAGUUCCUUGACUUACUCAGAUGUAAUCACCAAAAUCUUUGGAACUGUUUCAGAAGAAAAUUGAAAAGGUAUAUUGGGUGUUUCGAAUCGGAAGAUUCGAGUUCUUUGGAGAUUAAAGGGGAAUCCAAGAACGAUAGUUUUGAAGGGGUUAGUAGCACAAGUACAGCCCCAUCGCCAAAUUAUUAUAGCUACAUGAAUCAUGAAGAACGUGAUGAGAAGCUUAAAUCUGCCAUUGUUUACUGUAAACACUCAACUAACUAA